AUAGAAGCUGUGCUGGACACCCACUCUGAAGCAACGCAUAUGCGCGACGUCGCUGAGCCGCUGAAGGCUUCCUCGAAUUUUCCGGCUGUUUAUUUCACUUCCAGAAACCGCUGAUCCAAACUUCAAUCCGAGCCUUCAACAGGGUUUUUGUUUGGAGGGUAUUGUAGCAUAACCUUGAGGAUGGAGCAGAUGCAUAAUUGACUGUCAAGAUCUGAGGUCUUUGUAAGAAUGUAGCUUUUUCAUCAUUGAUUGUUCUUUAAUUAUUGGGUAGUUUAUUUUGGUGAUUUAGGAGUAGAGAAUGUAUGGAAGAGCAGGUCUUGAUCGCUUUAAAAAAGCUCAAUCAUUGGAACCAUUUUCAGUCAGUAUAAAUUCAGCAACAAAAAAUGCUUCUAAAGCAGUUAGUAAUUCAUCGGUGCAAUAUUUACCUUCUCAAACUUACCAACAGCAAACGCAGUAUCAGAACCAACACCAUGAUCCUCAAAAACCUGCUAAACAGGAAUCCCUGCUUUCUGUUGGGAAAACUCAGCACCUGACACAGGUUGGAGGGGGACAGUCGACUUGGCAGCCACCUGACUGGGCCAUUGAGCCUCGUUCUGGUGUGUACUAUCUUGAGGUAUUGAAGGAUGGUGAGGUUCUUGAUCGGAUUAAUUUAGAUAGGCGGAGGCACAUAUUUGGGAGGCAGUUUCAAACUUGCGAUUUUGUACUUGAUCAUCAGUCUGUUUCUCGCCAGCAUGCUGCAGUCAUUCCUCACAAGAAUGGCAGCAUUUAUGUAAUUGACUUGGGAUCAGCACAUGGUACUUUUGUUGCGAAUGAGCGUUUAACCAAAGACAUACCUGUUGAGCUUGAAGUGGGGCAGUCUUUGAGAUUCGCUGCAUCAACUAGAGCUUACAUCCUCAAAAAGAAUGCUGAUGCUCUUUUUCCUCGUCCUCCACCACCCACAGAGAUCAAUUUACCACCACCUCCUGAUCCAUCUGAUGAAGAAGCUAUUGUGGUCUAUAAUACUCUUCUGAACCGUUAUGGCCUUACUAAGUCUGAUCUACUGUCUGUAUCUGGUGAGGCUGGCUGCUCUCUAGGUGGAAGUGACACUGACAGCCAGCAGACAGAGAGGGCUGCUAAAAGAAUUAGGAAAAGAAGUGUGUCCUUCAGAGAUCAUGCUGGUGGAGAGUUGGUUGAAGUAGUUGGGAUUUCAGAUGGUGCUGAUGUAGAAACAGAACCUGGUCCCAUUGGCAUGAAAGAAGGAAGUCUUGUUGGAAAAUACGAGUCUCUUGUGCAAACUACAGUGAUACCAAAAGGUAUGGAAAAACAUUAUGUGAAGGAAGAGAAUGCUUCACCCAAAGGUGUGACUGAUAAACUACAGGAAGUGUUGAAUAAGGUGAAAACAGUUCCAAAAAGUGGGAUAUAUGAUGAUCUUUAUGGAGAUUCAAUUUCCAGCAAAGUGGGGUCGUCAUGGGCAUAUUCUACAGUUGGUUCUGCUGCUACUCCGGCUUCUCCAACUAAAGAUGCUCAAGGAAAGGCUACUGGCGCAUCAGGUGGAAAACCUGGAAAUAACUCUGGUUCAUAUGACAAUGACGAUGAUGAUUUAUUUGGUGACUAAUGAAAGUGGGUUGACAAUAAUCUUGCAAGGCUUAGUGAAAUUCUUCUUUUUUAUGGAAUUCAUAGAAGAUGGAAACAACAAAUGCGACAUUCAGGGGACAUAACAAGCAAUUGUUUCCAUUGUAAAUGGGAAAUAUUUGUUGCAAUCUAUCAGCAGUUGUUAUUUCUGUAAUGAGAUGCGCCAUUGGUCCCAUUGUGGGUUUUAACCUCGAGCAGUUGGUUUGCUUUAGACAUGUUCAACUUAAGAGGGAAUGGACCAAAGAUUCACGUUGUGGCAUUUUUUGGUGCUGAUAAAGUUGUUUUUGUUAUUGCAUUUCCUUC